AUGUCGACCGGGCUCCCACCUCCUCCGCCGGCCACCAGCAGUGUCGCCACCACGAAGAGCAACCUCUUCGCCGCCGUGGAUAUGGGCACAAACUCCUUCAAACUUCUGAUUGUCAGCACUGAUCCCUCCUCCGGUCGCUUCCUCACUCUCAACCGCAUCAAAGAACCCGUACUUCUCGGCCUUGACACCACUACCACUGCCAGCUCCACCAUCUCCGAUGCCUCAAUCCGCCGUGCAAUCUCCGCCCUCCUCAAGUUCCAACAAAUUCUUCACACCCACAGCCUCCCUUCCUCCAAUUCCCGCUUCGUCGCCACUUCUGCCAUACGCGAAGCCUCCAACCAGACCCAAUUCCUCGAUUCAGUCCGCGAAAACCUCGGACACCAGGUAGAAAUCCUUUCCGGCAUUGAAGAAGCCCGCCUCAUUUACCUUGGCGUCCUUCAGUUCUAUCCGGUUUUCCACUCUACGAUUCUUACUAUCGAUAUUGGUGGGGGCUCUACUGAGUUCACAGUGGGUUUCGAGGGAAACGUAUUGUUCUCUAAAUCAUUGAAAUUAGGUCAUGUAACUUUAACCCAGAAUUUCACCCAAAUUAUGAGAAUGCGAGAACACAUUCGAAAAGAGAUCGGAAAUUCUGAUUUAAUCAAGAAAAUUAAGGAGUUUAAGAUAGAUGUAGUGAUAGGUUCCUCGGGUACAAUUAAGGCGAUUGAGAAGGCUGUUUGUAAAGGGUAUGCCGGCAAUAUAGAUGAAAAUUCUGGAGUAUUUGAGGACUUAUAUAAAAGAGAAUGGAGAUUCAGUAGGGAGGAGUUGAAGGGUUUAGUUGAGAGAUUGUGUGAGGAAGAGAAGGAAAUGGAGGGGAGGGGAAGGAGGGAAAGUUUUUUUAAGAGCCGAGCUGGGUUUAUUUUGGCCGGAACAAUUUUAUUGGAUGAGAUAUUCAAAAGGCUUGAGAUUGAGGAAAUGGAGGUAUCUGGAUAUGCAUUAGGGGAGGGUGUAAUUACAGAGAUGUUAGGGCGGGUUUUUGAGGGAUUUGAUCUGAAUGCAAAUGCUCGGUGGAGGUCAGUUGUCAGGCUGGCAUCGAGAUUUAAUAAUAAGAAAAGGAUGAAGGCUGCUGCUAUAUGUGCGGGUAUUGCAAGGGGGAUUUUUGAAGGCUUGAGAAAAUGGAAUGAUGUUCAUAACAAUGGUGAUGCCGGCAGCGAUAAGGUUUUAGUACCCAUGGAUGAAGGUGAUCUUGAAUAUCUAGAAGCUGCUUGUUUGCUUCACAGUAUUGGGUUAUGUACUGGCAAGAAGGGUUACCAUAAGCAGUCUUAUCGUGUUAUUGUGAAUGGGGAUCACCUCCAUGGUUAUAAUCAUAAAGAGGUUGAGUUAAUAGCACUGUUGGUGAGACACCAUAGGAAAAAAAUUCCAAAUUCUAAUUCUCUUGAAGGAUCUACUAAAGAGGUAAAACAGAAAUUUAGAAUCCUCUGUACAAUUAUACGUUUGUCUACAGCAGUGCAGCGAUGCCUUCCUGUGGAUUUUCAGAACAUGGAAUUUACACAUUCUCCUGAAGGUUUUGAAUUGGUACUUGGUGAAGCAAGAUAUGAGUCUCUAUCCUGUAAUGGUAUGCAGCCAUUAGCAGGAGACAUCAAUGCCUUACUGGAGAAAGAGUUGGAGCACUUCAGAACGGUUUUCAAGAAAAGGUUGGCAAUUGUGGUCCCUUCAAGCGCUCAGAGUGCAAAAUUAUUAUAA